GACCUACUUAUUCGGCUUCUUUUUCAAAUUUUUCUUCCGUUCAUUUCUAACGCUUGGAUAGUGCCGUGAGGGAGGGCGAUCGUUCAUUUUUACCGUGAAAAACUUGAUUUUCAUCGUCAAAUCGAAGAUUAAGUGGUCGAUUUGUGUGUGGGUGCUUGAUUUUCGUGGGAAGGAAAGGGGUUUUCUUCAUUUCAGACAUUUCUUCUUCGUAAGGUAUGAAAUCUCAUGUUCUUACCAUGUAUUCUUAAUUUUUUACCGUAUAAUCGUAGAUUUGAAGACUUUGAGUGUUUUUCAUUAAGUUUACCAUAGGAUUUCGUUUUUUUUUUUGAAGAUAUGGAUCCUACAUAGCAAUGGUGCGAAAGGGUGAAGGAGAAUAACCGUUUGAAACUCAAAUGUGGCUUCUGUGGGAAUACACUUUCAGGAGGGAUUAUUAGAAUGAAACACCAUUUGGCAGGGACCUCCAAAGAUGCGUCUCCUUGUGUUGGAGGACCAAACAAACCUUUGCCUCCAUUUGUGCGUCAACAAUGUUUAGAUAUGCUUCAUGCUUUACGUCAAAAGAGAAUACAAAAAGAAAUUGAAGAUGCAGAUGUAGGCUAUAAUGUGCCUUUGGGAGAUGAAGAAGAAGAGGAAGAAGCUUAUGAAUGUGAUGAUGAAGACGAUAGCAGUCUAAGAACAGAUUUGGAGACCUCAAGAGGUAGAGAUCGUAGAGGAAAAGGGAUUAUGUAUGAAGGAGGUCGAUCUGGCAUAACGGGAAGGAAGAGGAGAGGCACAACAGAUGUUAGGGCCAGGCGUGGUAUGCGACCACCUAGUGGUAGAGUUCCUACUGGUAAGUCUAGUGUUGGCUCUCCCUUCAUAUACCAGCCCAGGUGGUCAGCCGCAGAUUCGUGCUGCUAUGACAUCUAAAGAUAUGCUAUAUCAUGCACAAAAGCAGGUAGGGAAAUGGUUUUAUGAUGCAUGUAUUCCAUUCAAUGCAGCUAAUUCUUUUCAAUUCCAAGCCAUGACAGAUGCAAUUGCUUCUAUAGGCCCCGGAUUCAAAAUGCCAUCAUAUCAUCAGUUGAGGGGCAAAAUUCUUCAGGAUAUAGUCAAAGAAGUGUCUGAGCAUUGCGAUGAGUUGAAAUUAUGUUGGAAGGAAACAGGUUGCUCCAUUAUGUCAGAUGGUUGGACUGAUACAAGGUCAAGAACACUUGUAAAUUUUCUUGUUUAUUGCCCUAAAGGUACAAUGUUCUUGAAAUCUCUUGACUUGUCUGAUGUUCCUAAGACUGCUGAGAUUUUAUUCAAUGUUUUUGAUAAUGUCGUACAAGAAGUUGGACCUGCAAACAUUGUACAGUUUAUUACAGAUAAUGCUGCAAAUUAUAGAGCUGUAGGAGAUUUGUUAUUUCAAAAGUAUAGAACAUUUUAUUGGAGUCCAUGUACCACUCAUUGUGUUAAUCUAAUGCUUCAAGAUCUUAAUGAGAUGCAUGAUAUGAAAUCAGCCAUUGACCAAUGUCAAGAGGUAACAAAAUUUAUCUAUAAUCAUGCAUAUGUAUUGAGUUUGAUGAGAAAAUUUACAAAAGGAGUUGAAUUAAUACGACCUGCACAAACUAGAUUUGCCACAAAUGUAUUGACUGUGCAGAGUGUGGUGAAACAAAGAACUCCUUUGAGACAGAUGUUUGCUAGUGAAGAAUGGGCUGCAUAUCCACAUGCUCAUAAAAGAAAUGCUUCUUUAGUUGUGGAUAUUAUAUUCAAUAACCUAUUUUGGGAAUCAUGUGUGAAGCUAUUGAAGGUUUGUGUUCCAUUAGUUAAGGUUCUCAGGUUGGCUGACAGCGAGGACAGACCUUCUAUAGGGUACUUAUAUGAGGCUAUGGACAAAGCAAAAGAGGCAAUUCGAGACAACUUAAAGGAAAAGAAAAAGUUAUAUAUGUCCAUAUGGAAGAUUAUAGAUAAAAGGUGGACUGGACAGCUUCAUCAACCUCUUCAUGCAGUAGCUUAUUAUCUAAAUCCUGCAAUUAGAUUUUCUCCUACAUUUAAGGACAGAGAAGUCAUGCAUGGUUUGUUAGAUUGUAUUAAUGUGUUAGUGGAAGAUUCUACAGAACAAGAUGCUGUGCACAAUGAGUUGGAUCUAUAUGAUAGUUGUUUUCGGAACAUGGGACUACCUGCCGCUGUUCGAGCCAAGACAACGAUGCGUCCAGAUUUGUGGUGGAAUAGGUAUGAGUUUGAUUGUCCAAACUUAGCACGUUUUGCAGUCAAAGUCCUCAGCCAGACAUGCAGUGCUAGUGGAUGCGAAAGGAACUGGAGUGUGUUCCAACAUAUCCAUAACAAAAAAAGGAAUAGGCUCGAACAUAAAAGGUUGAAUGACCUUGUCUUUGUUCGAUAUAAUAUGAGGUUGAAACAAAGAGAAUUAGAAAAAUCAUUAGCAAGGAAGCACACAUCUCAGUUCGAUCCUAUCAACUUGGAAAAUUUUGACGAUCUAGAGCCAUGGAUUGAAGAAGAACCAGCUACAAUAUUUGAUGAUGAAGAUCUUGAAUGCUUCAACCUUGAAGUUGAAGCAACAGAAGGCUUUGUUGAUGAAGGAGAGUCUGCUACUGCUGGUGCUGGUGCUGAAUAUGUUGGUGAAGAUCUUCCAAUUCUUGACGAUGAAGAAGAAGAAGAAGAUGAAGAUGAAGAUGAUGAAGAUUAUGAAUGAUGAAUCAUGAAUGAGAGUCAAGUCAAGAGUGCUUUCAUUUUAUAUGCAUCAAAAACU